CCACCUCAAACGCCGAGCCGACAAGUGGAUCAACCGGCCGACAUUCCCAGUCUCCACGCAAAUCACGGUCGUCGGCAUGGCACAUCAUCAUGGUACUUUGUGGGAACAAAAGAGCUCAGGAAGCUCUGCCCGGGACUUGACAUCUUCCACUCAGAUUCAUCUACUUGCUCUGAGCUGUGUCUUGUUGCCAGGAGAGGCCAACCCACCGACGCUAUAUACACCGCACCUUAAAUUCUAGCUACCGGCACGCAGAAUGGGCUCGUUGGAACUGCCUGGGGCGCUGCUCAUUGGCGAUAUUGUACAUGCAGAGGGAGAAUGGAAGGAGUGCGCGAAGUUUGCGAGUCUUAAGGAGUACCGCACUGGCAACCGCGCUGAGUUCCUCUCGGCAUUGAAAUCCGGAACAUACGAUGAUGUCGUCGCCAUCUACCGCUCGAACGAGUCCACCGCCGUCACCGGUCCCUUUGACCAAGAACUUCUCGACGCCCUCCCGAAAUCACUGAAGUACAUCUGCCACAAUGGCGCUGGCUACGACAACAUCGACAUCCCCAGCUGCACAAGCAAAAACAUCCUCGUAUCCUCCACUCCCGGCGCCGUAUCCAACGCCACCGCCGACAUCGCCAUGUUCCUCACCCUCGGCGCCCUCCGCGGCCUCACGCCCGCACUCGCCAGCGUCCGCGCCGGCAACUGGCGCCCAACACCCAACGCCCUCGGCCGUGACCCACGCGGGAAAACCCUCGGAAUCCUCGGCCUGGGCGGCAUCGGCACAGCGCUCGCACAGCGUGCCGUCGCGUUCGGCAUGACGGUGCAAUACCACAAGCGUACACCUCUUAAGGACAGUCCGUACACAUACGUCAGCUUCGAGGAGCUACUUCGCACCAGCGACGUGCUGAGCCUGAACCUGAGUCUCACGGCGGAAACACGGGGGAUUAUCGGGCAAGGGGAGUUUGCGCAGAUGAAGGAUGGGGCGGUGCUGGUGAAUACGGCGCGGGGUGGGUUGGUGGAUGAGAAGGCGCUGGUGCGGGCGCUGCAGAGUGGGAAGCUUGCGGGCGCGGGGCUGGAUGUGUUUGAGCGGGAGCCGGCGAUUGAGCGGGAGUUGCUGGAGAUGGGGAAUGUGAUGUGUUUGCCACAUAUUGGCACAGCGACGGUGGAGACGCAGCGGGAUAUGGAGGUGCUUGUGCUGGAGAAUCUGAGGAGUGCGGUGCUGGAGGGCAGGCUGGUGACUGGGGUGCCGGAGCAGAAGGGUAUAUCCGGCUAGGCGAGAUGAGGAAGUUUUGGUGUGGAGACUCCUGCUAGCUGUGCUUCCGAACGACACGUGUUGUGACAAGUGUUAUAUCAGGAGUUGCCGGAUGACUGCUUCUGCAUGUGAGUCUUAUCAGUAUACACACUCUCGGGAUGGCCCGUGUAGACAGCUGCCACA